UCUCGAGGGAGAUUGGCUGGGUGAAAAGAGAAACAUUUGCUUGGGAUCGCUGUUUCCCUGAUACAUGAUGGUGCCCCCUUCCCCCCCUUCCCCGGUUCUGUAAAAAGUAUCCCAUCAGGACCCCCUAGGAGACUGUAUGUGUGAAGUGUAGGAUAAAAAGUUCUUCCAAAAUAGUGUGCACGGGGAGGAGGAUGGGGGAUUUUGCAGCCCCCGCUGCCGCCGCGAAUGGCAGCAGUAUUUGCAUCAACAAUAACCUGAACAGCAGCCUCAGCGGGGCCGGUAUCGGGGUUAACAGCACUCCCCAUGGCCCUCCUGCUGCCGCUCCCGGUAACAAUAACGCUAAUAGUGGCGGCAUUCCCAAGCACAGCACGGUGGUGGAGCGGCUAAGGCAGCGCAUCGAGGGCUGCCGGCGGCACCAUGUCAACUGCGAGAGCAGGUACCAGCAAGCCCAGGCGGAGCAGCUGGAGCUGGAGCGCAGGGACACGGUGAGCCUCUACCAGCGGACCCUGGAGCAGAGGGCCAAGAAAACGGGCACCGGCGGCGGCAGCAAGCAACAGCACCAGAGCAAACAGCAAGAUGCUGAACCCGCCACGGCGGAGCAGAGGAACCACACGCUGAUCAUGCUUCAAGAGACAGUCAAAAGGAAGCUGGAAGGCACACGUUCACCUCUCAAUGGAGAACAACAGAACAGAGUUUGUGAUGGGAACUUUUCUCCAACCAGCAAGCGGACACGAAAGGAUGUGCCAGGUAUUGAGGCAAUCAACAGCUUGCCCAUUAAUUUGCCUUUGCCUGCUGUCUCUCCUCUUCACCAGCUUGACACAAAAGCUGCCCUGCCCCUGCAGAACAGUGGAACUCACAGGAGUGGUCUAGAAGACUUGAGUGAAAAUGGUGGGCUUUCUGAGAUAAAGCCCCCUGUUAAUGGCUGCAAUGAGCUGGAUGAUAGUUUUAACAUCCUGCAGAACAAGGAACUAAAGCAAGAGCCUUCAGAUGACUCCAACUGCAUAGACACUUCUGAAACAUCUCUUUCAAAUCAGAACAAGCUCUUCUCAGACAUUAACCUAAAUGAUCAGGAGUGGCAGGAGCUCAUAGAUGAGCUGGCAAACACUGUCCCAGAAGAUGAUAUACAGGAUUUGUUCAAUGAAGACUUUGAAGAGAAGAAAGAGCCUGAAUUUCCCAGGCCUGCCACAGAGACUCAGGAGAGUGCAAGCGUAAAAAGUGAUCCAUCCCAUUCUCCAUUUGCUCAUGUCCCAUUAGGGUCUCCCCAGGUCAGACCAUCUUCUUCUGGUCCUCCAUUUUCCAACACUUCCAUAGGCUCCAGCAUUGCUUCUGCAUCCAGCGCACCACCAGCCCCAGUCCCUGCUGAAUCACCAUCAAACUGUGUUGUCCAGUCCCCUCAGACUCCCAGCCAGGCCCACACUCCUGGACAGAUGCAGGCGCGCUCUGGAAACGCCUUCCGGAUGAACCCAGCAUCAGCCAUGGCAGGAUCGGGGCCUGGGCCAGUGAGCCUGCCAAGUGCUGACCUGUCCCCAGCUGAGCAGCUCAAGCAGAUGGCAGCCCAGCAGCAGCAAAGAGCCAAGCUCUUGCAGCAGAAGCAGCAGCAACAUCCAAAUCAGCCCUCAUGUUGGUCACCGGUGGGGCCUCCAUCUAGUCCCUAUGGAGGACCCUUUGGUGCAGACAAACCAAAUAGUCCAAUGAUGUAUUCUCAAGCCUUUAACAACCAAAACCCAAUAGUGCCUCCUAUGGCAAACAAUUCCCAGAAGACCACAAUUAAUAACUACCUCCCUCAAAAUCACAUGAACCUGAUCAGUCAGCAGCCAAAUAAUUUGGGUACAAACUCAUUGAGUAAACAGCCCAAUAUGCUUUCUUAUGGCAACACCAAACCACUGACCCAUUUCAGUACUGAUCUGAGUCAGAGGAUGACCCCACCAAUGGCAAAUCCCGGGAAGAACCCCAUGAUGCCAUACAUCCAGCAGCAGCAGUCCCAGCAGACACAGAUGCCAGCUCAGAUGGCACACCUGAGUGAGGAGCAGAAACGCAUGCUCAUAAUGAAGCAGAAAGGAAUGAUAAAUCAGCCCUUGGCAUAUCCAACACUCCCUGCCCUUGGUCAGGUAAGUCACCAGGUGGGAUUGUCUCAGCCCACGGGGCCCAUGCAGCCUUCUGUCCUGGCAGGCUCCAACAGCAUAGUCACAGGCACCAGCUCCGGGGGGCCCUUCCUUGGGAGCCAGCCCCAGGCAGCCAUCAUGAAGCAGAUGCUGAUCGAGCAGAGAGUGCAGCUCCAUGUGAUGGAGCAGCAGAAACAGCAGUUUCUCCGAGAGCAGAGGCAGCAACAGCAGCAGCAGCAGAUCUUAGCAGAGCAGCAGAUGCAGCAGCAGUCACAUUUGCCUCGGCAGCAUCUGCAUCAACAGCGAAGUCCAUAUCCAGUGCAACAGGUCAAUCAAUUCCAAGGUUCACCCCAGGAUAUAGUGGCUGUGAGAAACCAAGUAGCGCUCCAGAGCAUGAAAACAUCCCGAAUGAUGGCCCAGAACGUGAGCAUGAUGGCCAUGGGUCCCUCGCAGACCCCAAGCACGCUGCCCACCACUGCGGGCCAGUCGGAUAUGGGCAUGACUCCUUACAGCAAUGCCUCUUCCGGCCAGCCAGGAAUGUACAGCAUGAGCACAGGGAUGAGCCAAAUGUUGCAGCACCCAAACCAAAGUGGCAUGAACAUGGCACACAGCGCAGGCCAGGGAAUGAGGCAGCCUGCCUCUGGACAAGCAGUGGGAAUAGUUGGCAAUUUUGGUCAGAACAUGCUGGUAAACUCUGCUCUUCCCCAGCAUCAGCAGCAGAUGAAAGGACCUGUGGGCCAGGUCUUGCCAAGACCACAAGGACCACGACUUCAAAACCUGAUGGGGACUGUCCCUCAAGGAGGACAAAACUGGCAGCAGCGAGGCUUGCAAGGCAUACCUGGAAGGACUAGUGGUGAAAUGGGGCCCUUCAACAAUGGUACCACAUAUGCGAUGCCGUCUGGGCAGCCACAACUGUCCAAGCAGCACUUCCCACAGGGGCUCAAUCAGACAGUUGUGGACACAAGUGGGACAGUGAGAGCCCUGAACCCAGCACUGGGGAGACAGUUACUGCAACCACUACCUGGGCAACAGGCAGCCAGCCAGGCCAGGCCGGUGGUGAUGCCAGCAAUAAGCCAAGGGGUCCCUGCCAUGUCAGGCUUCAGUCAGCCCCCAACGCAGCAAAUGCCAGGUGGUACCUUUGCUCAGAGCGGCCAAGGUCAGGCCUAUGAGAGGAAUCCCACUCAGGACAUAUCUUAUAACUACAGUAAUGGAGGAGCAGGGGCGUCAUUCUCCAGUUUGGCAGAGGGCACAGACCUUGUAGAGUCCAUUAUUAAGAGUAGACCAGGGGACGAGUGGAUUCAAGAACUUGAUGAGUUGUUUGGAAACCCCCAGUGA